AGGGAGCGUGUAGACCCUGAAAGAGUUCAGUCAGUUCAGACUCCAUUUUGAGUCGACAGAACAGAGCAGGAGGAGAAAAACUGAAUGAACUGAGGCUUGCGUACAGUCAGUGUUCCUGCUUUACCUCUCAGACUGACUUCAGAUCAGAAGAUGAGUGAUGUGGAGGAAGAGGAGGACUCAGACUGUCUGUCUAUGAAGAGUAACUUUUCCAAAGACGAACCUCCAUUCUUCAGUAAUGAACCUGGACCCUCAGACACAAAACUGACUUCAGAUCAGAAGAUGAGUGAUGUGGAGGAAGAGGAGAACAGAGCAGAGUCUCUAGUAUCAGGCUGUCUGUCUAUGAAGAGUAACUUUUCCAAAGACGAACCUCCAUUCUUCAGUAAUGAACCUGGACCCUCAGACACAAAAGAGAGGAAGAUGAGUGAUGUCUCUGAGGAGGAGCAGCUGUCCAGAACUAGAGCUGGACUGCAGUCAGCCGGUCAGACCUGCACUGUACAAAUGAAUGGUGGUCAGCGUGAAUAUAAGCACCGUCUGAAGAUGACAUGUGAAUGUGUGACUGAAGGAACUGAUACAAGAAGUGAAACUCCCCUCAACAGGAUCUACAUUGGUGUCUACAUAACAGACGGAUGGAGUGAAGAAGUUAACACCCAACAUGAGGUUUGGCAGCUUGAGACAGCUUCCAAGAUGGAGACCCUCCAUAAAACUCCAAUCGAGUGCAGCGACAUCAUUAGAGUCUUACCUGAUCAACAAAAACCCAUCAGAGUCGUUCUGACUAUCGGUGUCGCUGGCGUUGGAAAAACCUUCCUAGUGCAGAAAUUCUCUCUGGACUGGGCCGAGGGUUUGAAAAACCAAGACAUCAGUCUGGUGAUCCCUCUUUCAUUCAGGGAGCUGAACUUGGUCAAAGAUGAGCAGUACAGUCUUCUGGAGCUGCUCCGUGUUUUCCAUCCAACGUUGCAGAAGGUCACAGCGGAGCAGCUCGCUGGCUCUAAACUUCUCUUCAUCUUUGAUGGCCUGGAUGAAAGCAGACUUUCACUGGAUUUCAACAACAAUGAGGUUGUUUCUGAUGUCACACAGAAGUCAUCGGUCAACGUGCUGUUGACAAACCUCAUCGCGGGGAAGCUGCUUCCCUCGGCUCUCGUCUGGAUAACUUCCCGACCUGCGGCAGCCAAUCGGAUCCCUCCUGCGUGGGUUGACAGGAUAACAGAAGUACGAGGCUUCACUGACGCCCAGAAGGAGGAGUACUUCAGGAAGAGAGUCAAGGAUAAAGAGCUGUCCAGUAGAAUCAUCUCCCACAUCAAGACCUCCAGGAGCCUCCACAUCAUGUGUCUGAUCCCAGUCUUCUGCUGGAUCACUGCUACAGUUCUGGACCACAUGUUGACUACAGACCAGAGAGGAGAGCUGCCCAAAACCCUGACUGACAUGUACGCACACUUCCUGCUGGUUCAGACAAAGAGGAAGAAGCAGAAGUAUGAUGAGGGACAUGAGAUGAGUCCACAGGAGCUGAUGGAGGCUGACAGGGAAGUUCUUCUGAAGCUGGGGAGGCUGGCGUUUGAACAGCUGGAGAAAGGAAACAUCAUGUUCUACCAAGAAGACCUGGAGCGCUGUGGUCUGGAUGUCACGGAGGCCUCGCUGUACUCAGGAGUUUGUACAGAGAUCUUAAAAAGGGAGAGUGUGAUCUUCCAGAAAACAGUCUACUGCUUUGUUCAUCUGAGCGUUCAGGAGUUUCUGGCUGCAGUCUAUUUCUACCACUGUUACACCAACAGGAACACAGAGGUACUGAAGGACUUCCUGGAGAAAGACAAGAACAGUGACUCAUUUCAGUAUCUAUCCCUGACUGAGGAUGAUGAUGAUGACACUGACUCAUCUCUGGAUGUCUUCCUGAAGAGAGCCAUGGAGAAAUCCCUUGAAAGUAAGAAUGGCCACCUGGACCUGUUUGUCCGCUUCCUUCAUGGCCUCUCUCUGGAGUCCAACCAGGGACUCUUAGGAGGCCUGCUGGGUAAGACAGACAACAGUCCAGAAAUCAUCCAGAGAGCAAUCAACAACCUGAAGGAAAUGAGCAGUUAUUAUAGUUCUCCUGACAGAAGCAUCAAUAUCUUCCUCUGUCUGACGGAGAUGAACGACCACUCAGUCCAUCAGGAGAUCCAAGUGUUCCUGAAGUCAGAGAACAGAUCAGAGAAGAAACUCUCUGAUAUCCACUGUUCAGCUCUGGCCUACAUGCUGCAGAUGUCAGAGGAGGUUCUGGAUGAGUUGGACCUGAGGAAGUACAGCACAUCAGCAGAGGGCAGACUGAGACUGAUUCCAGCUGUGAGAAACUGCAGAAAGGCUCUACUUUCUGACUGUGUACUCUCUGAGAAUCACUGUGAAGUUGUGGCCUCAGCUUUGAAGUCCAACCCCUCCCAUCUGAGAGAGCUUGACCUGAGUUUUAACAGGUACAUGAGAGAUUCAGGAGUGGAGCGUUUGCAGGCUGGAUUGAAGAGUCCACACUGUAUACUGGAGAUUCUGAGAUUGACUUACUGCGAGCUGUCUGAUAUCAGCUUUGCGUAUCUAACCUCAGCUCUGAAGGCCAACCCCUCCCAUCUGAGAGAGCUGGAGCUGACAGGAAACAGGCUGCAUGAUUCAGGAGUAAAGCAGCUGUGUCAUUUUCUGGAGAGUCCACUCUGUAGACUGGAGACUCUGAGAUUGUGGAGCUGCAGUGUGUCAGAGAUUGGCUGUGCUUCUCUGGCCUCAGCUCUGAAGUCCAACCCUUCCCAUCUGAGAGAGCUGGAGCUGAGUAACAACGAGCUGCAGGAUUCAGGAGUGAAGCUGCUGUCUGAUCUUCUGGAGAAGCCAGAAUGUAGACUGGAAGCUGUGAGAUUGAGGGGCUGUGGUCUGUCAGAUAUCAGCUGUGCUUAUCUGGCCUCAGCGCUGAACUCCAACCCCUCCCAUCUGAGAGAGCUGGAGCUGGGCUCCAACAAGCUGCAGGAUUCAGGAGUGAAGCAACUGUGUGGUUUUCUGGAGGGUCCAUCUUGUAGACUGGAGUGUCUGAGAUUGUGGGAGUGCAGUUUGUCAGAGAUCAGCUGUGCUUAUCUGGCCUCAGCGCUGAAGUCCAACCCCUCCCAUCUGAGGGAGCUGGACCUGGGCGACAACAAGUUAAAGGAUUCAGAAGUGAAGCUGCUGUCUGAUCUAAAGGAGAGUCCACACUGUAGACUGGAGACUCUGGAAUGGAAGUGAUCUCAGUGAUUUAAAAGUUGGAUGUGUUGAGACACAGUGUGGAGUCCACCAUCCUCCCUGGGUGUUCCUCUGGAUCUGACAGAGUAUCAUCAGUGUAUAUGGACUGCUCUGCUGCUGCUCUGUCCUUCACAGUCACUGCAGACACACUGAAACUCCUCCACUCCUUCUGCUCUACACUCAACCACCUCCUCCUCCUGGACCUGGGUUUCAUUUCCUCUUGAUUCAUUCAGAUAUUCUGAACUCAAAGUUUCCCUGCAGAUUAGUUCUGUAGAUUACAACAGCUGUAAAUUAACACAUUUAGAUGGAUAUUUUUGCUUUGCUUUCUGUUGCAGCUACACCCUUUGGAAUGAUGCUGUAUUGCAGUAAAUUAUCACAUAUUUCUGGAUAACAAUGGAAGUUGAUAUUGCAUAUAUGAAGUUACCUUAUUACCACCAUUACCAGCCGUUUCUUAUAUUAUAACAUAUAUACACAUACAGUAUUUGCUUGUAACAAACAGCACCUUAAUGUUUUAUAUUGUAUAUAUUUUGAUUUGAUUUAUUUAAUUGUAUCAAGAAUGCCAUAAACAUGAAAAGACAUCUAGUACAAUCGAGGAUAAUAAAGUCCAGGGGCCUCAUUUAUAAAACCUGUUACGCAAGAAAAAGUUGCGUGAAGCAGGGUGAAAUUUGUCGUCGCAACAUUCCUCGCAAUAGUCGGGAUUUAUAAAGAAUUUCCGUGCGUAAAAAUUUUCCCAGUUUUCCGCAACCUUUUGACCACACGUGUGAUCGUGCGUAAUGCUCCCAAUGUUUGUAGACUGCGUUUUAGUGAACUCCGAUGGUAUGCCCGUUUUCCGAACCUAACCCAGUUUUUGUUUUCCUGAACCCAACGAUCCCGUUCUCGCUAAACCGACCCAGAGCCGGCGAGGGGCUGCCAGCAACGGGGGAGAGGCAGGGGCUCCUCCCACACCGAGCAGCGGAGGAAAUGCGCUUUUCCUCCACUGCUCUCCCCUGCCUGUCCCUGUGAAAUGCGUUGUUUGUUUGAUCUGAUUUGAUUGAAAAUCUUGUUUCUAUUUUUUACCUUUUUAAUAAUUGAAUUUCCUUGUUUUCUCACAAAAAUCGAAAAUGAUCAUAUGAUCAUAAAUGUGAUCUCACAGGGGUUAAUGGCAAAUAUGAACCAUAAAUGAUGUAGUCCUAUGUAUCAUUGUUAAUUGAGAUAUAUCUUUUACAUUACAUUAUUAAGUUUGUGUAACAAAAAUAUGAACACUACACAAGGGUUAAGGCUUCCAAACAGGAUUUUGUUUCAAUGUCCUACCUCUGUUAGGAGCACAUCGAUCUCACAAUCACUGAAUCAUGUUUUUUUCCCCAUUUUUCCAUUUCGUGAUUGGUGAUCAAGGGCUCCUUUCAAGGCUGGAAUAUUCAUUGAUUGAUUAACAUGGACCUUAUUAGGAUAAAUAUGGGACAACCUUGGGAGGAGCGUGAGGCUUGUGCAGGACCGCAUAAGGUAACGCACGUCCAUAUUUAUAACGAGAAGAGUGCGUACCGGUGUGCGCCGCAAGGUGUUAUGAAUCAGAAUAUUGUUUUUGCGUACGAAAAUUUUCACAAUAGAAUCUACGCACAGUUUUAUAAAUGAGGCCCCAGGACUUAUUUCCAUUGUGGUCCUCAUAUAUUGUUUCAUGUGAACUGAUUAACAUGUAUGCAAAACGAUUACAAUUUCACACAGGAAAAUAAUCCUAUUUAAGUUUUUGUUGUAAAAUAAAUGAGGCUUUUACUGUAUUAGAGUUUGAUGUGACUGAACACAGACACGUGAAGUCAACCUUUGGAGCUUUUCCGCCUCAGAAAUCAAUGUUGAAGCAGCUGUUAUCUCCACUGUUCGGCUCAUUCAGAACGCAGCAGCUCGACUUGUCUUCAACCUCCCCAAGUUCUCUCACACUACUCCGCUCCUCUG